AUGGCCGGAAAGUCCAUCGUCGAGAAGGUUAAUGCUCUUGACCUCUCCAACUCGACCUCUUCUACUCAAGGCAACAAUGCUUCGAUCCACGAACAGCUCAUCGAUCGCAAGCCAGGUGCCCAUUCCGAUAUCACAAUUGCACGCAGCACGAUCACCAGAAACGAGUGGCGUAGGGUCACGAAGUAUGGUCGCAACGGCGCAUACACUUCCCACGUCGAGCAGUUCAAUGCAGCAGCAUACUCUGUGCCGUGCGACUACUUUGGGAAGAUGUCGACUGCUGUCAAGGCAGGUUUCCUCAAGAACAAGUACAUCUGCAUCGAGCUCAAUAAGAAGAGCCUGAAGUCCACCGAUCAAGAAGCUUCCGUUCUUCAACAGCUUGCACUUGUUGCUCCCUUCCUCAAAGAGAUGCAGAACGUUACCUUCAACUACAACGCUUUCCUCUGCCAAAUCGUCACUGAAAUAAACAAGUUCGAGUCUCUUACCUACGUUUGCGUCUUAUUCACGUGUCCUCGAGAGUUGUGGGGCGGCUAUCUCAGUGCCCUCGAGCCCUACUACUUUCCCUUCUGUCAACUGCGAGUCAAUCAAGGAAAUUGGAUCCCCAAGAUCAAGACUCCGAAGAACAAGAAGGUAUUCGUCAUGAAUAAGUGGGACAGCGAAUACCUCUAUGGGAAGUUUUGGCAGCAAUGA